UACAAGUGGUAAAGCGUUUCGGGGAAGAAGCCGAAAACUUCUGUCGGAUCUGGAAGCUCUCUUCUUCUUCCUCUCCUCUGUUUUUUCAAACGUCGUUUUUUUUUUUGUGGUUUUCCCGUUACUGCUUCUCUGUUGUUGAUUCACAGACGCUUCUCCCCGAUGGAGGUGCAGAGUCUAAUAAGCUUUGAUUUGGACCCUGGUCCUGUUGAUCAGUCUGUAUUGGUGUGGCAACAUGAGCAUAGAUCAGCUGCUAUUUGGGAAGAUGAGGUUCCUCCUCGUGAACUGACAUGUCGGCACAAAUUAUUAGGCAUGCGAGAUUGGCCUCUGGAGCCUCUUGUGUGUCGGAAGUUGAUCGAGUUUGGGCUGUACGGAGUGUACAAGGUUGCGUUUAUACAGCUUGAUUAUGCUCUGAUAACAGCUCUGGUGGAGAGAUGGAGACCCGAGACGCAUACCUUCCAUCUUCCUGCUGGAGAGAUCUCAGUGACUUUACAAGACGUGAAUAUACUCUUGGGUCUCCGUGUUGAUGGACCUGCGGUUACCGGUAGCACGAAAAACAACUGGGCCGAUCUAUGUGAGGACCUGUUGGGUCUCAGACCAGGCCCUGGAGAUCUACAUGGUUCUCAUGUGUCCUUAGCAUGGCUGCGUGAUAAUUUCCGGAAUCUACCUGCUGAUCCUGACGACGAGACGCUGAAGUGUCACACUAGGGCUUUUAUAUUAGCUUUGAUGAGUGGGUUUCUUUACGGGGAUAAGUCUAAACAUGACGUGGCUUUGACGUUUCUCCCUCUUCUAAGGGACUUCGAUGAAGUGGCUAAACUUAGCUGGGGUAGUGCAACGCUAGCACUUCUCUACAGAGAGCUGUGUCGGGCGAGCAAGAGGACUGUUUCCACCAUUUGUGGUCCUCUUGUUCUGCUUCAGUUAUGGGCGUGGGAACGGCUGCAUGUUGGCCGUCCAGGAAGACUUAAAGAUGUCGGCGCUUCGUAUAUGGAUGGCAUAGAUGGUGCUUUGCCAGAUCCAUUAGGCUGUAGGUGGAGAGCUUCUCUGAGUCAUAAAGAGAAUCCUCGUGGAGGACUAGACUUUUACAGAGAUCAAUUUGACCAGCAGAAAGAUGAGCAGGUCAUAUGGCAGCCUUACACUCAAGAUCUUCUAGCAAAGCUUCCUCUUAUAUGUCUUAGCGGUCAGAACAUAUGGCGAACCGUGGCACCUUUAAUUUGUUUUGACGUUGUUGAGUGGCACCGUCCUGAUCGGGUGCUUAGACAGUUUGGUCUUCACCAAACAGUUCCAGCACCUUGUGAUAACGAAAAGGCUCUUCAUUCUAUUGACAAAAGAGGCAAAUCAGUAUAUGAUUGGUCAGCACGUCAUAGCCGACACAUUGGAUUGUGGGAAGCACGUGAGUCAUCUGUUGCUUUCGGUGAGCCAGAGUGUAGACCAAUGGACUAUAACGAUCCUUAUAUGGAGUGGUACCGCAAAAUUACUAGAAGGAUCAUUAGUCCUAUGAACGAGAGGCGCCCUGGGCAAUUUCUACCCACUGGUUUUGCUUUCCAAGUGCUUGUUCAGAGAGUUGCAGCCAUUCAUGCUCGAUCUAAGUCUUCGCUUGAAGAGGAACUUACUGUUGACACCGCGAGGCAAACGUUACAAGAUAUUGUUGAUAUGUGUGCAGGCGCCCUUCAACUCAACGCGCCUUUAGGCUCAUUGUCUAAUGGCUCUGUGUCUCAAGCUCCAAGUUCAGGACCAUUUCUGAUGUCAUCUCAACCUACACGUACAAUGAUGUCGCAAAAGCCACUGUCUAGCGAUAUGGUUUGCUUGCCUUUGAAUGAAAUGGGAAUAGAUGAUGGUCUCUUAGCCGAACCUUCUGAAGGGAUCACACCUGUUCAGGAUAUAGGAUGUGAGCAGUCUUUACCAUCAGUAUCCCAGAAGCCUCUUUUCUGGCCUACGGGAGGCAAGCUUACGUUCAGUUGGAUUUGUGAUGUAAUGUUGGGCUUUGAUUGGUCGUCGAGGAAUCUCCCAGCUUGUGAAUUCUCAAACGUUCUGCCUUUUAACGUCCUGGAUGAGCUGAUUCUCUCUGCCUCCAAGAUCCUGAGAAAAGAGCCAAACUGCGUUAGGAUAGACAGUGACAAAGCAAAGGUGGUUGUGGUGGGAGAUCUUCAUGGGCAGCUACAUGAUUUGCUGUUCCUUAUGCAGGAUGCAGGGUUCCCAAAUGGUGAUCAGUUCUAUGUGUUCAAUGGGAACUAUGUGGACAAUGGAGCAUGGGGUUUGGAAACCUUCUUACUUCUUUUAUCAUGGAAGGUGUUUCUACCGGAUAGAGUGUUUGUUCUGCGUGGCAGUCACGAGAGCGAGAGUUGUACAUCAUUGUAUGGAUUCAAAAAUGAAGUAUUAACCAAGUAUGGAGAUAAAGGAGCAAUUGUCUACAAAAAAUGCUUGGAAUGCUUCCAGUUACUCCCUUUGGCAUCUGUGAUUGGUGGGAAGGUAUUUACAGCUCAUGGAGGUCUUUUCCGUGAUGUACCAAGCUUUCUCUCUGAUAAACAAGAACGAAGCAGGAAACGCAAGCGAGCUCAGAAAAAUCAAGAGGAUAACAGUGUUCUUGAGACUGAUAGUAGAUCUGAGUCCUUGCUUCUUGGCUCGUUGAAGGAUUUAUUUAAAGUCAAAAGGCGUGUUAUCAAUCCUUCUGCUGAAGGUUCAAACCUGAUUCCUGGUGACAUUCUUUGGUCAGAUCCAUCAACCGAUAACGGCCUCUUUCUUAACAAAGAGAGUGGCAUCGGUUUGCUGUGGGGUCCUGAUUGCACUGCAAAGUUCCUGCAAGACAAUGAUCUUAAGUUGAUCAUCAGAGGCAAGGAAGCCCCUCACAAAAGGGCACAACGAGAUGGUCUUCCAUCAAUGAUUGAAGGGUUUUCAAAAGACCAUGAAGGGCUUAUAACUUUGUUCAGUGCUCCUGAUCAUCCUCAGUUUCAGGAUACAGAGGAGAGACACAACAACAAAGGUGCCUACAUAAUCUUGCAAACUCCCUACUGUGAGGAGCCUGAAAUUCAUGUGUUUGAAGCAGUAUCUCCGAGACCAAAGGCUGAGGCGUACUAUGACUAUAGAGGCCUGAUUCAUUCAACUGGAACUUUACUACACAACAAUACUAAUUCUGUAGCUGUUGAUUCACCAUUCUCAGCGCCUGAUGACAAAGACAGUUUAUUAUCAUCUGAGAAUGUAGAAGAUAAGUCCAUGGAUCUUUCUGAGUCGAUGGAAGUUGAUGAAGUUACAACUUUUGGAACUCUAGUAUCUGAUGAUAAAGAUAUGGUUGAUUCUUCAGAGCAGACUAAAGAUUUUUCCAAAGAACAUGACCGUUCUGAGACUGCAGAGAUUAGUACAGAUUUAUUCGAUGCAGCCGGCAAACCGGAAUCUAGACCUCCUAACGUUAUUGACAAGGAAUCCUGGACAGAGAAGGCAGCAGAUGAACUAAUGGCAGUUGAUGAAAUUGCUGGCGUGUCUGAAUCCACAACUGGAAAAGAAAAUGAUGUAGAAGCCUCCAACUCUACUAAGAUCUCGGAAGAGAGAGCAGAAAAAGAGAGAACUAGCGACUCUCUUGAGUUUUCAAAUAACGUAAGCGAAGAAGAGGCUCCAAGAGUAAAUGACUGCAGCACCACUGGUGACGCAGCAGUGGAAUUAGAAAUCACAUAUGAUGAGAAACCAGAAAGUGCAGUAACUGAAGUCACAGGGAACGAUAUAGCCACCGAUGGUGCUGAGAAGACCGCACUUUCAGCCAGGAAACUCAGUUAUUCAGAACCCCUUGAAGAUAUGGUUGAUUUUAAUAUGGAAGACAUAGCCACCGAUGGUGCUAAUAAUGAUCCGGGGUCUGUGAAUGGUGGGCUCAACACAGACUGUACCAGUUUAUCCAAAUGUCUAACCAGCAAAUCAAGUGGGUCUGAGCCAGCGGUGGAUCAUGAUAACCUUACAAAACCUUCUCGUGACAAGGAUCAUGAGGAGCCUGCAGACAAGCCAGAGAGAGUAGUCAAACUGGUUACCUAUUCUAAGCGCAAGUCAUCUGACAAAAAACAACUUAUUGAUUCUAGUGAAGAUCCUCAGCAGAAGAUCAACGAGGCUGUUGAUUAUAAGACCAAGACUGUUCUUGACAAGUCACACUCGGUUCCAAGAGAUAUGGACUCCUGAAGUCUCGUUCAGCUGGUCUUCUUCCCAAUACAGAUGAUCAGCAGCUAAAUCUCUUCAGGAUGUUUUCUCAAAGACAAUGUACAGUGGCCAUAGUAGCCUAGCUUUUCAAAUCCAUCUUAACUGGAUCCGCUUUGCUAAUUUCAGUUUAGAUGUUAAGAGAGUUUGAUUAGUCGGUAGGAUGGUGAUAUGUGUACACCUGAUAUCUUUUCUCGAAUUUAGCUUUCUCAGUUAAAAUGUAAUUUCUUUUUAUAUUUAAGAAAUAAGCUGUGUUUAUCA